AAAACCCAAAACCCUGCGACCCCAAGAUACCAAAGCCAGCAGCAGAAGCCGAUGCCCAUGCAGCCGCAGGCGCCAUCGAUGACCCCGGCCGCCGGAAUCACCACGGAGCAGAUCCAAAAGUAUCUGGAUGAGAAUAAGCAGCUUAUUUUGGCCAUUUUGGAAAAUCAGAACCUAGGAAAAUUGGCAGAAUGUGCUCAGUAUCAGUCACAACUUCAGAAGAACCUCUUGUAUCUCGCUGCAAUCGCAGAUGCCCAACCAGAGACUGCUGUAAGCCGGCCUCAGAUGGCGCCGCCUGGUGCAUCGCCUGGAGUAGGGCAGUACAUGUCACAGGUGCCUAUGUUCCCGCCGAGGACACCUCUAACGCCACAGCAGAUGCUGGAGCAGCAACUUCAGCAACAGCAAGCUCAAUUGCUAAACUUCAGUGGCCAAAUGGUUGCUAGGCCUGGCAUGGUUAACGGCAUGCUUCAGGCCAUGCAAGUCCAACAAGCUCAGCCAUCGCCGGUAAUGAACAGACCGGAUGCUGGUGGGAUCGCCUCGGAGCCCUCUGGCACUGAGAGCCACAGGACUAGCACUGGUGGCGAUAAUGGCGGUGGAAGCGACUAGUCCAAAGAGUCUUGAGGAUUUACGAGCUAGCCUUGUAGGUUGCAAAAUAUGCACGUAUACUGCCGAUGACCAAAGAGAGGAUCGAUCCUGCGCCCUUAGUUGAUAAGUGGCCAUGAUCUUUGCAUGGAUGAUCAGUAGCUGUCACGGUUUUAUCUUUGUUGCCAGUCUGUAGAACACACGUAUAGAUUGUUGUGACAUUUAUUUGCUUGCUGUUUCCACAAUGUACUGUCGUAGACUUGGAGCCAUAUGCUAGUUUAUGGCUUCAGGAGCUGGAUUUCAGUUACGAGCUGUGAUGGCAAAACUUUCAACUCUUCAGGUAGCUGGAUUCAUUUAUGUUAUAUGUUACAAGUUUCAUAUCUGUCACCAAAUUGGAAGCAGUACGGAUUCUCAUAGCUA